ACCCAAACUAAGCUACUCUCACCUGUGAAGUUGUCUGUAAAUUCAGAGCUCCCAGGCUGACAAGGGAGGUAGUGAAGUGUUGGGAUCACUCUCAGGCUUUUUAGGAUGGGCUCCUGGUAUCUCCUUUUGUGUGGCACAUCUCGCUCCAGCACUGGUUUGCCAGGGAGCUCUGUGUGUGCCUUGUGGCUCUGGGUCCUUACACAAAGGUCACAGAGAUUUCUCCAUGCCCCUUCUAUGUUUAGGGUUAGGUUUGUUCCGGAUAAUUGCUCUUGUAAAUUUUUCACUCUGGUAUUGCACAGCAGUGCUGUGAUCAAAGAUUAAAUCAUGCCUUUGCACUGGCUUGCAGUGUCAUCUCUUUCUUUCCCUGAUGAAGUCUUGAUUCAUCUGUACUGGACUUACAUGCUGACCAAAAUAGCAUCAUAUUCCCUAGUUAAAAUAACUGAUGGACAUCUCUGCCUUCGAAAUAUUCUGGAUGUCUAAUUUGAGUUAAUUUUAUUAAGACUGCAGAUCUCUUCUGUCAUGAUUACUGGAGAGGUUUCUGGCUCGCUGCAUCAUUUCACUUUUGAGUGAGUGUCAGAAAUCUGUACCAGUCUCAUAUGGUUUUAAUGCCUCUGCAUGUUUUCCUCAUCUUGUACUUGAGCAGAAUAACACCUUCAAGUGCUAGAAUUUAAAAGGUCUGGUCUAGUGCUCAAAGUUUACAAACUGUACUGGAGUGACAAUUAAAAAAAAAAACCCCAAAAACCAAAACCAAACCAAACAACCCCCCCCAAACAAAGAAACAAACAAAAAUCCAACCCCAACCCCCCCAAAAAAACCGAAACAAAAUGAAAUGAAAAAACCAAACAGCAAAACCCUGAAAGAAUUGAGUUCUUGAUUUGUGAGCAGUUUAAAAAAAUAAUUACAGAGGUUGGCAAAAGAGCUGGUGUUCCAGGUUUAUCUGCUGCUGGGGGAUGUGCUUUAAUGUCCUCUCUUGAGGCAUACUCUGUCUCUAAUUUGUAAAAAUAGGAUCCUGGUAUGACUUGUUCUGUAUCUUAGUAUUCCUUAGUCUUCUGUUGUUCUGACCUCACUAUUUUCAUAUACUGAUUUUGUUUUUUUACUCCUUAAUCCACCUGAGAUGCAGCUGGGGCUGUGCUUGUGCUGCUGGGUCCCCAGGACCUGCUGGACACUGUUUUGCCCAGGCUGUGGACUUGGGCAGGGCAGCAGAGCACAGAGAGGUGGGAUGUGCUGCCUUGUUCUGUGGUGAAUGAAACCCACCUCAUUUCCUAGGCAUGAGAAGGGCAAGGUAUCUUUUUUGGUUGGGAAUUAACUGUGAACAUUGAGCAGUUCUGCAGUGUGGGGCUCUGGCUUGGCUAAAUCUUUGUGCUGCCUUUAGCUGGGUGGCUGCGUGUUGAAGUUUGUUAGUAAAGAGGAUGGGACCAGAAGUCUUGGGAACUGUGUGGUCUUUUUAAGAUGUAAAAAUAAACAAAGCUGAGAAGCUCUACCCUACUUAAAACAGGCUGACCUAAAUUUUCAGCAGUUCUAGCAGAGAGGCAGCUCUGGGCAGGGAUAAAGGCUGGCUGAGGACUGGCUUCCCUGUCCUUCCAUCGCUUGACAAGGUUGACAGGCCACCUUUGGCACAUCAACACUGCACUCUGAGGUCAUUCACUUCUCCCUUCUUGAGCUGCACAGCCUGGCUGGGGAUUUGCCUUGUGCUCCUGUGGACAGUCUCCUUGUUAUGCAAGUCAACAGUUCAGCAUCUUCUGGGAAGUCACAGCAUGAAUCUCUUCUCAAAUUGCUUUUGUUGGAGUGUGUUGACAGCAUGUUAGAUGUCCUCUGGCUUGUCCCUACAGAGAUUGCUUUUGAGAGGUGAUAAGAGCAGAGGAAUUGUGUAUCCUUUCAGCAGCCUCCUGUUAAACUUGGAAUCCCACAGCUCAAGCACGUGAACAGAUGGAUAAUGGAGACUGGGGAUAUAUGAUGACUGAUCCAGUCACGCUAAAUGUGGGUGGACACAUGUACACGACCUCCCUCACAACUCUAACGAGAUAUCCUGACUCAAUGCUCGGGGCCAUGUUCAGGGGAGACUUCCCCACUGCCAGGGACUCUCAGGGCAAUUACUUUAUUGACAGAGAUGGACCACUUUUCCGUUAUGUUCUUAACUUUUUAAGGACCUCAGAGCUCACUUUGCCACUGGACUUCAAGGAGUUUGACCUGCUCCGGAAGGAAGCAGACUUCUAUCAGAUUGAGCCCUUGAUCCAGUGUCUCAAUGACCCCAAGCCGCUGUAUCCUGUGGAUACCUUUGAGGAGGUGGUGGAGCUGUCCAGCACCCGCAAGCUUUCCAAGUACUCCAACCCGGUGGCUGUGAUCAUCACGCAGCUCACCAUCACCACCAAGGUCCACGCGCUGCUGGAAGGCAUUUCAAACCACUUCACCAAGUGGAACAAGCACAUGAUGGACACCAGGGACUGCCAGGUGUCCUUCACCUUCGGGCCGUGCGAUUACCACCAGGAAGUGUCGCUGCGCGUGCAUCUCAUGGAGUACAUCACCAAGCAGGGCUUCACCAUCAGGAACACCCGCGUGCACCACAUGAGCGAGCGUGCCAAUGAGAACACAGUGGAGCACAACUGGACUUUCUGCAGACUGGCACGGAAAACAGAUGACUGAUUCUGACUCCACAGGAGCCACUUCAGUGAUUAGCAACUUCAUUGGACAGUGAACCCAAGAGAGUCUGGAUUUUGACUAAAGCAACAGUAUGGGCUUUUUUUAUACGACUAUUUAUUGUUUAUCAGUGAGGACUGGAGGAGUUUCAUUCUCUAGCAGCUCUGUUCUUUUGUCCAGUUCAGAAAAAAAACCGUGCAUGUGCCUGUUCAGUCAAGACACCUUUUUGUUUGAAAGAGGGAGUCCGAAGAAUCAGUACAAUAGGGUAUUUUGUGUCAUUAACACAAUUCUCUGACUCGACUCAAAGUGCUAAAAUUACCUCUUGUUUAAAUGGUUUCUAAUCCAUCUAAUGCUAUGACACUGGGAGCAAGAAACAAAAGAUUUUAAAAUGCAGUUUGGGGAGAAGCUGCUAUUGUGUAGACUAAUUUAGUUUCUAAAUCAAUAAACAGUAUUGUAAUAUUCUAGGAAAACAAAUCCCACCCUUUAAAAGUACUUGAUAAGUACAGUUUCUUACAGUUAUGACAACUGUUUCUUUCUAUGCAUAUAAAUCAAGCAACCAAAUAUUAUCUGUAGCCAUGGAAAUAUGAUUACAAAUAUUUAUAUUGGAUUCUAAAUGCAAAAUGUCCCUGUGGUAGAAUUCAUAUUUUUAAUGCCUGGUGCAAUAUUAUUCCCAAGUGUAAUGCCUGCCAGAAGAAGCUAAUAAAAAUGUGAAAUACAGAA